AUGUUGCCAGGGAAACAGGUCGCGGGAUACAAGGAGGCACAUGACUCGCCUUCUCUAAUGGUUUUUCACAUGCAGCAAAAUUAUAAGGAAAAACAAAAACAAAAACUCAGUAACAAUGUUUCAGCCAAGGUCACGAAGACACAAAGACAGUCAAGAAGACAGUCACGAAGACAGUCGCGAAUACACAAAGACAGUCACGAAGACAGUCGCGAAUACACAAAGACAGUCACGAAGACACAAAGACAGUCACGAAGACACAAAGACAGUCACGAAGACAGUCACGAAGACAGUCGCGAAGACAGUCACGAAGACACAAAGACAGUCACGAAGACACAAAGACAGUCACGAAGACACAAAGACAGUCACACAGACAGUCACGAAGACAGUCACGAAGACAGUCACGAAGACAUAAAGACAGUCAUGAAGACAGUCACGAAGACAGUCACGAAGACAGUCACGAAGAAAUUACGAGGACACGAAGACACGAAGACACAAAGACAGUCACGAAGACACGAAGACACAAAGACAGUCACGAAGACACAAAGACGGUCACGAAGACGCAAAGACAGUCACGAAGACAGUCACGAAAACACAAAGACAGUCACGAAGACAGUCACGAAAACAGUCGCGAAGACACAAAGACAGUCACGAAGACAGUCACGCGAAGAAGUCACGAAGACACAAAGACAGUCACGAAGACACGAAGACAGUCACAAAGACACAAAGACAGUCACGAAGACACAAAGACAGUCACGAAGACACAAAGACAGUCACGAAGACACAAAGACAGUCACGAAGACAGUCACGAAGACACAAAGACAGUCACGAAGACAGUCACAAAGACAGUCACGAAGACACGAAGACAGUCCACAAAGACGCGAAGACAGUCACGAAGACACAAAGACAGUCACGAAGACACAAAGACAGUCACGAAGACAGUCACGAAGACAGUCACGAAGACAGUCACGAAGACAGUCACGAAGACAGUCACGAAGACAGUCACGAAGACGCGAAGACAGUCACGAAGACAGUCACGAAGACACUACCUCGGGGCAAUGGGAUAUUCCAUGCCAUUUUAAAAGGGCGUCUUAA